CGGAGCGGGGCCGGGACACGGGCAGCGAGGCCUGGACUGGGCCAUGGGUAGCCAGGCGGGCGGCCCAAAGGAGACCGCGCCAGGGCAGCAGCUCCGCGCUCUCUUUUACGUGCUGCCGCCCGGCGAAAGCUCCUUCCGCACUGUGGAGGAGGUGCCCGAUUACGUGGAGAAGAGUAUUCCAUUCUUCAUUGCUUUUAUCGCACUGGAGUUCGCUGUCAGCUGGGUUCAGAAGCGGAAGCUCUCAGGUCGCAUCAAUGAUGGCAUAAGUUCUCUUUCCUUAGGCAUCCUCUCUCGACUGCCAGAUGUUUUAUUCAGAAGCGUUGACUUAAUUAGUUAUAUCUACAUAUGGAAUAACUACAGACUCUUUGAGCUGCCCUGGGACUCGCAAUGGACCUGGUAUUUGACACUCCUGGGAGUGGACUUUGCAUACUACUGCUUUCAUCGCAUGAGCCAUGAGGUUAAUAUACUGUGGGCCGCGCACCAAAUACAUCACAGUUCUGAAGAUUACAAUUUAUUUACAGCCCUGAGACAAUCUGUACUGCAAAAAUACACCUCCUGGAUUUUCAACUUGCCCAUGGCACUUUUCAUUCCCCCUUCGGUGUUUGCUGUUCAUCUGCAGUUUAAUCUGCUUUACCAGUUCUGGAUACAUACAGAGGUUAUCACAAACCUUGGGCCUCUGGAGUGGAUUCUUAAUACUCCCAGUCAUCACAGAGUUCACCAUGGCAGAAAUCCUUACUGCAUUGACAAAAAUUAUGGUGGCACACUCAUUAUCUGGGACAGGAUAUUUGGAACAUUUGAAGCAGAAGAUGCAAAAGUUGUAUAUGGCUUAACACAUCCAGUUAAUUCAUUUGAUCCCAUCAUGCUCCAGUUACGUCCCUUGGCUCAUAUUUGGAACACGUUUUGGGCCACACCUGGAUUCUGCAACAAGCUUUCUGUCAUAUUCAAAGGGCCAGGCUGGGGACCAGGCAAACCUAGACUUGGCCUUCCUGAGGAAAUCCCAGUGAUCACUGGGAAAGAAGUUCCCUUCAAUCCAAGACUGCCAGCAUAUCUUAAUUGCUAUGCAGUUGUACAUUUUGCUGUACUAACAGACUUGUAUACGGAGCUUCUUGGCACGGUGACUAUGUUGUCACAGGGAACUAUUCUCCUGAGAAUUGGCUUUAUCAUUCUGUCCCUGACCUCUUUCGGACUGCUUAUGGAGAACAGACCCAAAGCAGGAAUUUUGGAAGUCAUCCGCUGCUUAGUCUUCAUAGGUCUGUACAAACUUGGCUACUUAAGGAGUCAUUUUUCUUCCCUGGGCUAUGUAUAUGAGGUCUUGUUUUCCCUCUGCACUGCAUUCUGGGGAAUCCAAAUUAUGAAGCGGAUCACUUCAUCCAAAGAUAAACAUCACUGAAAGAGCAGAUCUUACAUCACUUUAAUUAUGGAAGCAGCACUUUGGAAUAACCUUCUAAGUUCCUUGGAAUUAAUUAACCAUGAAUCUUACUGAAUCAUAAUCAUUUAACUUAUGAUAGGAGGUUGAUUUUGUAUGAGGGUUUGAAAGCUUCAUUAAGGAUGUGUAUUCAUUUGUAUCUGAGUUUUAAAAAAUAUUUAACCCCCCCCCUCCCCAUUUAAACAGUUUUUGUUCACAACAUUUAUUUUUACAUUCAAGGGAUUACAAAGUCUUCAAUAAACACAUGUGAAAAGUAUUUUUCACAAUAGGAAUAAUUAAAACCAUAUUUUUUGUAACCUGGUAUAAAGUGACUGUCUUCCUAUCGAGGCUAAGUGUAAACAUAUGUGAAUGUCAGUUUUUCCGUAAUGAUUGAAUUACACUAGAAACUCAAUGUCAUGCCCAAUUCGGUGUUCAUAUCAUACAGCUACAUGAGGAUGAGUAGUCAAGGCAAGAAAAUUAUUAAAAACAGCGUGAUAAAAUAACUUGAACUAGUAUGAGUUGAAACCUCUUCAAUAAAGUUGGCUAACGUAUGUGUUGUAUAAUGCAGGCUUGCAGUUUAAAUUGAAUUAUUUAAGGAGUACACCUGCAGUUGCCAACUUUAGAUACUGAUCAAGCCAGCUCUUACACAUGGGUAUCCCAUUGACUAAUAAUACUCACGUGACAAUAUAUUUUCAAGGCUGGGCCCUUAAUUUCUGGUAAUUUCCUGUCGGGGUGAUCUCAGGGGAGAUGCACGUCUUGUCUUUCAGGAGCUGUUGGAAAGAUGGUUUGUACUAGAAUAGGAAAAUUAAAUACAAAUGGUAAAGGGAGUCUCCAAACAGCAGGACUGGCAGAAAUACUGGAGCUAGGUUGUUUUUCUUUCCUCACACUCUUCCAACAUUUUUUUUUUCUGGCUCCAAGACUUUUAGAAGUGCUUAAAGUCAAGUAGCUAAAAACUAGGCUGUCAUGCGUGCUUCAAACUAGUAAUAAUACCUGGAUUAAAAAAUGGGUUUAAGUUUGAGCUGGAUUUUCCCCCAUUCUAUUUUCCUUUAAGAUGUUAAUGACAUGCUAACAGACUUUUUAGAUUUAGACAGCCUACUUUUAAUUAAACUGUAUUUUCAGUCUCUAACUGUAACAGAUGCCAGUGUCUACGUAAUUGGAUGUUUCAAAUAAAUUGUCAGAAACACAAUAAUGUUAUAUAAAUAAAAUUGAUCCAACGUCUAGUGA